AUGAUUCAAGGUGCUUCAGAGCUAGCUGCAAUGUGCGUGGGCUUGGUUGGCUUGAUCGGUGCAUCGGCUACCACGGGGUUGCCCAUGUGGAAGGUGACCGCGUUCAUCGGAGAAAACAUAAUUGUGAUGGAAACCCGCUGGGAAGGCUUAUGGAUGAACUGCUACAGACAAGCCAACAUCAGGAUGCAAUGUAAGGUUUAUGACUCCCUGCUGUAUCUGCCCCCUGAAUUACAGGCUGCCAGGGGUCUGAUGUGCUCUGCUGUGGCCUUGUCAGCGGUAGGGCUUCUUGUAGCUCUGGCAGGAAUGCGAUGUGUGUCCUGUAUUCGGGGUAAUGAUUGGGCUAAGACCAUUAUAUUGAUGGUUGCAGGGGUUAUGCAGUUCAUGGCGUGCAUCUGUGUCUUUAUCCCUGUGUCGUGGACAGGUCAUGUUAUCAUUACAGAUUUUUACAAUCCUUUGCUGAUUGAUGCCCAGAGAAGAGAGCUAGGAGAGGCUCUUUACAUUGGAUGGGUGACAGGUGCUGUGCUUUUCGCCUCAUCCUUGUUGUUUGUCUGCCGCCGUUUGCCCAAAGGCAAAGGCUCAUUUGAUGUGUACCAGCCACCAAACUUACUCAGUUAUAAGCCAAUGCCCAAUAGGCCAGCUCUGAUGAAUUAUCAUCCCCUCUCCACUCUUUCCAGCCUUCGAUCGACUGGUUCCGUUGGACAAAAUGCUGCAAUGCCACUGCAAACUGUCAUUCCAGUAAGGACAAAUAAUGGAACAGUAGUAAACCCACCUGUUGUCUAUAAUCCGACUCAUCAGGAAAAUGCAUCACUGUUAUAUCAAGGCAGUAAGUCUCAUUACCCCUCAGUGCAGAGCUCUAACCACAGUGGAAACUUGUAUGCUCCAGGGAACUCCUUAUACAUGAGUCAGAACACCACACCAUAUUCACUCACUUAUGUUCCCACCACGUCCUACCAGUCCAGCUUCCAUCCAGUUCCACAGACUCUUAUUUUCAUAACAUAUAAAGAAUCAAGAACUGAAUCAGUGCCUUACAGUGAGAUGAGAGGAGGUGUAUACAUAUAAGGAAAAAUCCACAACUGAGUUGUGGGAAAAGGUAUAAUCCUAAUGCAUAUACUGAAUGGUGUGUUUAAAGUUUUUGUACUGUUAAUAACUGUUUUAAAUAUUUUGCAUUGUGGAAAAAAUGUCUGCUUUUAUCAAAUGGGACACAACCAUUGUUAUUAGUAUACACAAAGAUGAACCUUUGUUAACCGUUUAACCUCUGUAGAAAUCACCAGGAUGGAAAGUUAUAGCCUAAUGUUUUGCAACCUUUUGCAGCCAUUUGUUCAAAAGCCUCUAGAAUUGUUAUCGUUAUCACGAUGUCUCAGUGUGUGUUUUGCUAUGAUGAUGUCUUUUCCACCAGCCAGAUAUAUAAAUAACUUGUUAUUAUUAUCGCUUGCCUGUAAUUUCUAUUAGCAAUAAUCAUUAA